CGAUUGACGCGUCACUAGGCGGCGGCGCGCCGAAAGUGACGAGUGGCGAUGGUAAUCGGGCCAGCAGCUCGCGUUGGUUGUCGGCAAGACUUCUGCAGCUGAUCGCGAAAUCGAUCUCGCUUUCUUCCGCGUGUCAUCGGGUCCACAGCACAACACCCGAAGCAUGACAAUGGGAGAAGAGUCUCCUGUCUCGUCGCUCGUGCUGCCCGUGCUGAUCCGUCCUAUAUUGGACAAGCUGGAAAGAAAAGACUUAGGGGCAGCCCAAACAUUAAAAGGAGCAGUCACCAAGGUUGAAAUGGAACAUCCUGGCUUUCUGUACGACCUCGUAAUGGGAUUGAUUAAAGAGACUGACGUUUCUGUAAAUGUCACAGAGUGUUUGUUGAAACUUCAAGGCUCAAUUCCAGACAACGAAGACCUUAAGUGCUCCAGGACAGAGGAUGCUUUCCAAGAAUUCAACCGGCGUGCAUCGUACCUUAAAAAAGUUCUCAGUCGUAUCCCCGAUGAAAUCAACGAUCGCAAGACAUUUUUGGACACAAUUAAGGAGAUCGCCAGUGCAAUCAAGAAGUUGUUGGAUGCUGUUAAUGAUGUUUCCACGUAUAUUCCAUCGCCAUACAGGAAGCAGGCAUUGGAACAUCGGAAACGGGAGUUUGUAAAGUACUCCAAACGCUUUAGUAACACCCUAAAGGAAUUCUUCAAGGAGGGACAGGUGCAGGCAGUUUUUGUGAGUGCUGUGUACCUCAUCUACCAAACAAACCACAUUAUGGUCACCGUCAAGAACGAAUGUGACUGAGGGCAGAUGCCAAGGUAAGGAUAACUGCCAGGUCUGAACGCUGGUAAAGAAUCGGCUACAGGGCCCACGUGGAUAUCUAGGAAGUAGUGUUGGGUGCCAGGGAUCAGUUACGAUGCAGUCACAGCUGACGGCGACAGUGCCCACAUCCCAUCAGUGCUGUGCUGGAACCCAGUUGUGUUUUUGCAUUGGCAUUUAAGCUGGAUAGUGGAGCUACAUGGAGGGACACUAACACAAGAGCCUUUUCAUACGCGUGAAUGUGUGAUAUAACACUGGCGUUGCGCCAGUAGUGGGUCUUGUCCCAUUCGCCUUCAACUUUUCGUUGGUUGUGAACUUUUUUUUUUUAAUUUAGUUUGUCCAUUUCAGAUUCUAAUCAGAUUGAACUAGCAUUAUUACCCUCUUGCUUUGUUUUGUUUCUCCUCUUUCAAGUUUUUUGCUACCACUUGUGUAUUUAGAGCAAGCCACUGUAAACAGGAAUUGUUUUAUUAUAAAAAUUAAUUAAUUUAGUUGCGGUGCAUAUAUGUUUGGUGAGUUACAUUUACGGGCAGAUUGCCAAGCAUAACUUUGCCAGUGACUCUUUUAGAAGGCUAGCUUUACUCGGACAGAAAUAUGUAACUGUUAAAAACAUUUAAUGUGGUUCCUUUUGCAGUGAUAGUUCCGUAGACGAGAGCAGCUGGCAUAAGGGUGCAGAUUAUAAAUGGCACCUUGUUAGUGCCAACAUCAGAACAUAUGUUAUAUUAAGGGUGAGUGGAACAAAAAGAAAGCAACAUGACAUGACAUUCUUCAAACGUAUUAGACAGGCUUUAGCUGUCAACUAGUAGUUUCUGUGCAGCUAACUGCUGAGCAUGUUUGCAGUAACUUAAAUUUAUAGCAACACAUCAUUUAACAUUGACGCAUGUGAUACUUAUCCUGGUGAAGGCUGCAGUAAAUCAGUAUGUGAGUGCAGGGCUUCUGAAGGCAACUGUACUAUAUUCGCUUCUUGGACGCUCACGAGCAACCUUAAGUAUGCCUCCUCUGAUCGUAAAGUAAUUUACUUUUUAAUGUCGCCUCGUGGGAUUUUGUUGCUGCACGAGCGCUAAAACAAAGGACAGGGUAAUAGUAACUUUCAGAGACAGUUGUGUUUUUGUAAAAAACACUUAUGACCCCUUGCAGCCUCGUGAAUUGAACAAAGAGGUAGAAACUUAUUUACGAUGAAGAUGGUAGCACAUUUUUUUUCUCGGGUGCAUUCAAGCUUUUGAGAGCAAGCUUUAAUGCUCAGCACUAUGUUUCAGCAGUAAGGCAUUUUGUUCUGUGGCAGUGCAAGUGCAACUAUGCAACUAGUGUUGACUGUCCUCACAUUGUUUCUGUCACCAAUGCAUCCGCAUUAAAUGUGGUGUGUGUCCAUCUUACCUCUUCCCGGUUGACUGUUAACUGCAUGAGCAGUGCAGAUGUUGCAUAUUGUCUUCUCUUCAUAUCGAUAUCACAUUAUUAAAGACAAUGCCUUUACAAA